AAAUACUGCAGUGUGUGUGAAAAAAAACACCGGAAGAACGCUCAGAGUCGCUGCACGUGUGUUGUCCAGCAACAGAAAAAUCACCCUUAAGUUAAACUCUCAAGUUUGUUUCACAUAUUGCAGCGAAACAUGACAAAGGUAAAGAAGGAGAAGACCGUCGAAGAGGAGACCGGGGGAACAGAGAAAUCCUAUCAGGAAUUAAUAGCUAAUGUAAACCCAAUCGCAAACCCGCUUGCGUCGCGUAAACUUAGCAAAAAGCUCUACAAGUGCGUCAAAAAAGCGGCUAAAAUCAAACAAAUCCGACGAGGAGUGAAAGAGGUACAAAAGUUUAUCAACAAAGGAGAGAAGGGUAUUGUGGUGUUUGCUGGAGACACUCUUCCCAUCGAAGUGUAUUGCCACUUACCAAUCAUGUGUGAAGACAGAAACCUGCCCUAUGCUUAUGUGCCAUCUAAAGUUGAUUUGGGCUCAUCAGCUGGAUCGAAGCGUCCCACCUGUGUUAUCAUGGUCAAACCACAUGAUGAAUAUAAAGAAGCCUAUGAUGAGUGUCUGGAGGAAGUCACUUCUCUGCCCAAACCAAUUUGAGGACACUUGAAUGUUUUUAUUUUUUAAUUAUCAGAUCAAAAUAGAAUGGAGUGACUUUGCUUGGUGUUCAUGUUCACCAGUGCAUCCGUCAUUUAGAGACUGAAACCAGUUCUGGAUUCUUUGCGGACUUCAUUUGCAGAAAGAAGUACAAAUGUAUGAUAGCAGUUAAUGUGAUUUGUGUAAAGUUCAUGUCACUGGACAGUGGAUGGAGCUGUUGUUUAGUCUGUUGUGUUUCUCAAUGCUUGACACUCUUGGUCUCUGUUAUGCUUGGUGUAUUGAUUGGUUUGCUUUUUUUGUUUUUCGUAACUGCUUUGGAGCAGUAGACCCCAGAGAGCUCCAAGAGAUGUCAAAAUAAACUUUUUCUCUUUUUUGUGCUAUCUCACAUUAUCUGGUUUCUUUGGUCUUGAUUUAACUGGUUUUGCCAUUUCUGUUUAUAAAAUCUGGCAUGUUUAAUUUGAAAAAGCAGUGCUAUGAAUUUGGAAAAAUAAAAAAAUCAUCAAAAUAGAA